CGUCGUUCGAAUAAAAUAUGUAGAAAGAGAGGCGUUGUAAAGGUAACUAUUGUAAAAGAAAUUCACGUGGAUUGGGAAAGAUGAAUGCGUAGAUUAAGAAAGAUAUGAACACAAAAUAAAAUGGGAGGGGAAUAAAAGAUUUACAAUAUCCAGUCCAGGUAUCUGGUGAUCCGGUCGUGGACUAAGGUAGACAUAUAGGUUGGAUAUACCUCUUCUGGAUUUAUAAGUUCGUUUCUCUGGAGUUGAUCCAGAUGGCUUCGUCUAUGUAGAUAAGCCAUAAUCUAAUACCUUCAGGUAGAUUGUUUGGAACUUGAUAUUAAGAGAUAGAUUCAUCUAUUUUAAUCUGAUCUUCACCAUCUACUAAGUGAAAGAGAAUGGUGCUAUUAGAUAUAGUGACUCCUUUUCCCAGACAUGCUGAUACAUGUUUCAUGAACGAGCUCUUAGGUGGGGAAGACCAAUGUACUGUCAAAGCCAAAUUACAUACUGCUUUUGUAAUAUAUGAAAACCAUAUAUUAAAUACACCAUUUUCAGAUGUUAUAUCAGUUAUCCUUUACAUGCUUCAUGAUUCUUUCAAUUAUGUUGUUACUAGAACAAUAUUUUUUCUCUCCCUUCUCAGGCGAAACUUUUCAAAAUUUUAAUGGCGUGCAUUCCAGUUCCGAUAGAUGCUACAUACUACUUAUAACAGGAAAAAUAAGUAGCAUAGACCACACAUGUUUACAAGCACACAAGGAUAAACCCCUGUGGAUACAAGCUAUGCUACUAACUUCAUUGCGACAGAUGAAUUGGUAUACACACAUGGAGGAGCCCGUCUUUGGAAACCUAUUCAUGAUUUAUGUAAGUGCUGGUUUGGUAAAGACGAUUACAUGUAACUUGGCGUCAAUGUAGUUAUGAACAGGACUAAUUACAUAGAUAAAAUGAAUACCCUUCUGCGUGAUCAAACUAAAUUCCAGACGCAUGAGUCAUGUAAAGAACUUGAUGAAAAGAUCGAACGUCAGUUAACCACGAGAUUAAAACCUUUAAAACGAUAUCAAUACAUCUCUGAGGAUGCCUAUAUUGGACUCAAGCUUUCCGGAACACAUCCCCCUCGACUCCAUGACUUACCCACGAUUCACAAACUAGAGGUUCGUUUACGUCCAAUUAUAGGCAUGUCAAACUCACUAUACCAUUCAACAGCAAAAUGGUUGGUGAGAUUAUCAGAAGUUAUCAGUCGGUCAGCAACAACAUAGAACUUCGUACGUACGUAAAUCAGUUCGAGUUGCCAUACCGCAUUACCACAGAGAUGCAGUUGUCGAUUCAAAUCCCAUAGUGGUAGGGGUAAUAAAAGUAUAAACAGUAAUCAGAAAGAUUACAGUUUGAAGACGUUAUUCAAGGAGUUUAAUCGACUGAAAUAAAUUUGGAAAGAUAAAGUGACACGAAGAAUUUAGAUUAGAAUUUGAUGGAACACAAAAGGUGGAUGCAACUGCGCCAUUGCAAACGAUUUUGAGCCAUGUCAUUCAGGGUCUCUGAGAUGGUGGAGAAGAUUUGUAGCUCAGGUGGAUGAUUUUGAUGGAGUUUUGUUCUCUGAGCUGGAUGGUUUGGUCGUGGAGCUUUCAUCGUUCUUCUGAACGACAUCAUCAGCACAAACUUCAGAUAGAAGUGAAGUGUUUGAAUUUCUUCAUAUGUGUUUCACAGCUUGUUCUGUGCACCUCGAUGUUGAUUGGUUCUUGUUGACCUUAAAUUUAUCAUUGUUUACUUCUUUGUUUUGGUUGUGUCUCCCAUUGGUUUGAUUUUUGUUCCCAUAUUUAUGCAUGGUUUUCCUGAUUGGUUGAUAAAUUGGAUUGAUUUCAAUAUGUUUGUUGAUUGCUGAUUGACCUGAGUGCCAGGCUUCUAGAA